AAAACGUAUGCUGAAGGCCACCACAGCCGAAAGCCUCCCCGCCGGCCUCUCAUCCCAAACGCAUAUCCUCUCCCCGUCGGCCUCCGCAUCCUCGCCGCAGCCUCUUCCUCGACCACGGCAAAACUCCGGUACUCCACCGACGCUGGACUCCUCUUGUGUAACCUCGUCUGUAUUCUCAAACCUGCGAAUCCCCGUCACCAUGUCACCGGGAGCUUCAUGUUCCGGCGUGCCGGCACCUCGCCUGCCGGCUGGCCGCCAGACCCUCCUCCUCCCGGCGACUCCCCUGUUCGUCUCAAACUGCGCCAUUAAUCGCCAAAACACUCGGUCGGUCUCUUCUUCUUCUGGGAGAGCGAUAGCGCUGAAGCGUUCCUUCGUUGUGUCCGGCGGAAUUACUUGGGUUGAUGGGGUUGAAGAAGAGCUCAUGGAGCUACAAAAGUCACACGAGCAAAGUUCAGUGAAGCUAAAGAAGAGGCCGCCUUUGAGGCGUGGAAAGGUCUAUCCUCAACUUGCUGUACCAGAACACAUUCCAAGACCUUCUUAUGUGGGUGGAAAGAGACCGCAAGAACUACCUGCCAUUCGCCAGAUACACAAUGCCGAAGGUAUCACUGGAAUGAAAGCUGCUUGCAAACUUGCUGCCCGUGUACUGGACUUUGCGGGAACAUUGGUUAAGCCAUCAGUUACUACAAAUGAAAUCGACAGGGCAGUGCAUCAUAUGAUAGUUGAGGCUGGUGCUUAUCCUUCUCCACUUGGCUAUGGUGGAUUUCCUAAAAGUAUCUGCACAUCAGUAAAUGAGUGUGUCUGUCACGGAGUACCUGAUUCAACACAGCUGCAGAACGGUGACAUCAUAAAUAUUGAUGUAAAUGUGUUCCUGAAUGGAUACCAUGGUGGAACUUCCAGAACAUUUGUAUGUGGAGAAGCGAGUGAAUCCAUCAAACAUUUCCUGAAGGCAGCUGAAGAAUGCUUGGAGAGGGGUAUUUCUGUCUGCCGGGAUGGUGUGAAUUACAGAAAAAUUGGAAAGAAAAUAAGUAACCUUGCAUAUUUUUAUGGCUACCAUGUCGUUGAGCGUUUUGUUGGGCAUGGAAUUGGAACUAUGUUGCAUUCUGAGCCACUUAUCCUCCAUCAUGUUUUUGCAAUUUAGCACCUAUGAAACACGGAUACUGCUGUGAGCCGGCGUAUCAGUAUCAGGUCAGCCAUGGCAAGAAGAGUACCAUCUUCAAUUGGGAGCUAGAGCCCAAGCACUGCAGUGAACUGGGCAACAAUUUGGCAAUGCAAUACAAGUUUUGGCUGCUUAUCAUAUGAUGAAAAAUCUUUACUUUCUUUAUUUUUUUUAAUUAUAUAUCUAUAUAUAAACGUAUCCCCGUAUCUAUGUUUUUCAAAAAUUGACGUAUCACGUAUGGGUUCUUGCUCUGAUAUCCUUAUGAUUUUUGUCAGCUCCAGUUACUUGUUUAGAUUUGUUUAAGCUGAAAAUGUGUAGUAUUAUUAAGUAAAGCAGCUACAUGCUAUGUAAUAUUGAUUGUGUAAUACUUUAUAGCCAGGAAGAUAGGAAGACGCUGUUUAGUUUUCCAAGUGUUGUUAUUGGAUCUGCAGUUCAUAUAGUUGUUGCCAAUGAUUUAUACAGCUAUUGAUUUAAUAUCCACUAUUCAUGUUGGGAUGAACUGUUUUAAACUAUAUGAACUACUGAAAUCUUUCUUUUGUAGCCAAUGAAAAUUCUGGUCGGAUGGUCGAAGGUCAAACAUUCACAAUUGAACCUAUACUUAUAAUGGACAAAGCAGAGUGUGUUACAUGGGAAAAUGGAUGGACUACUGUCACCAAUGAUGGCAGCUGGGCCGCACAGUUUGAGCAUACUGUACUGGUCACUAGGACAGGCGCAGAAAUAUUGACAAAACUUUGAGUUUACCUCUUGCUGAUUGUAGUGAGAAGUUGUUGGGACAUCUUUUUUUCAGAAUGGGUUGGCUCACAAAGCAGCCUAGCAUCCUAAUCUGUACGAUGGUGACCUGCGUCCACAUGUGGGAAGCUUCCUGCCGAAUGUAGCGACUGGGCGUGGAAGAGAUGUGGGGACAUAGCACUGUAUUCCCUUGCCACCAUUGUUGUUAGCCUUCUAUGGUUCUGUUGGAGGCGGUUCGGUCUCCACGACUCAUCAUAGAUGCAUGUAGUUUCUAGAAGAACUGAUGUAUACUGUAUGUGGUAGUAAGUUCAGUUUGUUGGAAGUAGAUAUUGGUUUAGAGAUGAAAUAGAAAAUUUCUCUGAGUUGCCUGCCCAUGUUUGCCCCUGUUUAAUUUUAAUCAGAAGUACCAUUUCUUGGUUUUCAAAUUCUAAAAUUUAUUUUA